GAAGUCCGUGAAGUGCCGCCGUGCCAACCCCGUCGCUCCCGGUCGCCCUCGCUGGGAAGGGUCGGGGUGGGGGUCGGGAACCGCCCCCGCCAUGCUCCGUGGACUGGCCUGGGCCGCGGCCCGGCGGCCCGGGGCCCUCUGGACUCGGGGGUCUGGGAACGGGACGGGGGUCCCGGCGCACGUGGUGGACCUGCGCAGCGACACGGUGACCAAGCCCGGGCCGGCCAUGAGGCGCGCCAUGGCCGAGGCGGUCGUGGGGGACGACGACUACGGCGAGGACCCCACCGUCCGCGAGCUGCAGGAAAAGGCCGCCAAGCUGCUGGGGGUAGACCGGACCUUGUUUGUGCCCACCAACACCAUGGCCAACCUCAUCUCUGUGAUGUGUCACUGCCAGCGCAGGGGCUCCCAGCUCCUCCUCGGGCAGGAGUGCCACCUCCACGUCUACGAGCUGGGCGGGGUGGCUCAGAUCGCUGGGGUGCACUCCCACCCCCUCCCAGACCUGCCCCAUGGCACCUUGGACCUGGCUGAGCUGGAGAGGGUGGUCACACGGGGCCUCGGGAGCCCCUACCACCCGGUCUGUGAGCUCAUUUGCCUGGAGAACACCCACAGCAGCUCAGGGGGCCGGGUCCUCCCCAUUGACUACCUACGCCAGGUGCACCUCCUGGCGCGGAGCUACGGGGUCCGGGUCCACCUGGAUGGGGCCCGGCUGAUGAACGCUGCAGUAGCUCUGCACGUGCCCCCCGCCCGCAUCGUGGAGCACUGUGACUCUGUGUCUCUCUGUUUCUCCAAGGGCCUCGGUGCACCAGUGGGGGCCUUGGUCGGGGGGCCCAAGGACUUCAUCGAAGAAGCCUGGCGCCUCCGGAAAGCCCUGGGCGGGGGGAUGCGCCAGGCCGGGGUGCUGGCUGCCGCUGCCCUAGUAGGACUGGCGGACUUCGAGGAGGUGCUGCCGACGGACCACCGGAACGCUCAGAGAUUCGCCAAAGGGCUCCAGGAGCUGGCGUCCCCCAUCUGCUCCGUGGACCUCGCCGCCGUGGAGACGAACAUGGUGAUGGUGAGGGUGCACGGACCACCGCCCGAGGAGCUCUGCCGGCGUCUGCAGGCCGUGAGCGCGGACGAGGUGGCCCAGACCGGCCGCGCGGUGCAUGUGCUGCUGUUCCCCUGGACCGAGCGGUCGGUGCGCGCCGUGUGGCACCGCGACGUCUCUGCACAGGACACCGAGCUGGUGCUGAAGAAGUGGGGGUUCGUGCUGAGGCAGCUGGGGCCCUGAGGACGGGGUGACCGGACCCUGUGCCCCGGCCGGGAUCCAGGUGGGGAGUGGAGGUGUCCUGAGGGAGCAGGUGGAAGAGAGGCAACGAAACAACACCCCGUUACCCCCGUGUCUCCUCGGACCCCCGACUUCCCACACUCAGGGUGAAGCCUUCCACCUGCAUUCAUUCAGCAAGCCCUCGGUGCCUCCCGUGUCCCGGACGGGGUGCCACGAGGGCAGACAGGGGGGACCCCAUCCCAGCCCCUCACCAAAGCCCAGGAAGCAGCCAGGGCAGGGCUUCUGCUCCCAGCUCACAGAAAAGGAAACUGCCCUGAGCCAUUUGCUCGGAGUCCCGCAGCUGAUGAGCGUGUCCCGUGCUCGGGCUGGGGGACACUGGAGCAAGGGUGACAGGAGAUUAGAAAGGCACAGCAGGGCUGGAUGGCAGGGAGCCCUAGCUGCUGUGUUGGGGGCUGGGCUUUAUCCUCUGGUCAUCUACAUAUUUUUUCCUUUUUCAAAAAUAAAUUUUCCUGCUUACA